AUGUCUCUCACGGCGGAGAACUACCAACUGGAAGAAGAUCCAGAUUGUCUUCCUCAAGAAAUGCAGAUUAUUAAAGCUAAUUUCUUUAACUCCACUCAAGUCACUGUUGCUCUUGGAGAAAGAGAAGAUGUUCAGAGAGAGAGAAGGCAGUUCAGUUACAAGGGCUAUCAGAGCCCUACCAGCUCCCAUCUGCUACCACUGAUCAAUGCCAUCUGCUACCAAACUAAAACCACCAGGCUCUUAGAAGAAGACUCUCAGUCCCAGGACUCAACUCCUAACCAUGGAGACUACAAUGAAUGUGAACUCAGUGAAGCUCCAAGUUCUUGUGAACAUUUCCAUACAGCCUGGAAUCCUGAACUAGAGAAGUUUCACUGCACAUGCCUAUCUGGAUACCUGUCCAUAGAAUUGAGUUGA